AUGGCUACAAGGCCUGCUAGAAGCAACACACUGGAGCCGCCUACGAAGAGCGUUGAGCUUAUAGAUUCUGGUGCUCAUGACCUUGACAUGUCCGGUGAUGACGAGCACUUCUCAGAUGCUUUGGAAGGCCAUCAACGACCAAAUUCUCGACCCCCUUCUCCUCUGAACUCUCGCCCAACAUCCCCUAUCCCUCGCACAAGAGUAGAAAGGGUUGACGACGAACCGAGGCAUGGAGAAACACCUGGUUCGCCAGCAUAUGAUAUGCGGAGACAGGAUGCAGUACCGGACGAGCUGGAGAUAGUGCCAGAGGGCAGACUGAGCAAACGAAGUUCCUCAAGCAGUUUACAGCCAUCCCUACCACCCGGGGGCCCUCCUGUCCCACUUACCGUAGUUGAGAAAGUCGAUCCGGCCUCCCCAAGUCAUGGUGAAGUACCAGGCACUGCUGCAUACGAGCAAAGGCAAGCCGAUGCUGCUCCAGAUGUCGUUUUGAAAGCUUCCGACUCCUAUACCACACCUCAACCGUUUCCUCCUUCUCAAUCGGCCAAAGCCACCAGCCCAUGUCCAAUCCCCGAAACCAUCAUAACAAGAGCCGAUUCCGUCCCAGGGCUAGAUGAGACGUCUCGGACUGGUACAAACGGGGUACAGAAUCAUGGACAAUCAGGUGAGGGGUCACCGACGCUGGAGGGGUCGCCGCAGCGGGUUCACUCGAGACGUAAAGCAUCCUUAAACUAUAAAGAGGACUCAGCCUUUGAGGAUGGCUUUGGUGACGAUUUUGAUGAGUUCGAAGAGGGUGCUCAACCGGGGGAGGAUGACGAUUUCGGUGACUUUGACGACGGGAUUGAAGGCCUAUCGGCCAGUGAAGAAGUAUCUGAGCAUCUACUACCAGCACAAGAUGGGCCUGGACCAGCUUUUCCCAUCCUAGAUUUUGGCUCCCUGUCGUCUCUUCCAGAUAUUAUUGCGGCCACCCAGGUUUACCUCGAUGCCAUGUUUCCCAGCACAACAAAAGAGAAGCUCGAAGCUUUACCGAAGCCAGAUCCUGUCCCGCCUGAAUCACCCAUCUUUCCAACGGAAAGGUCACGAGCAUUAUGGGAACAACUGAUCACGCCGCCUCCACUCCAACCACCCAACUGGACAAAGUCUCGGAUUCGCCGACUAUUCCUCGUUUCACUUGGCGUGCCAGUCGACUUAGAUGAGAUACUACCUCCGAGCAAGCAGAAGAAACUAGUUUUACCAGACAUGCAUCUUGAACCACCAACUCGAAAGUCAGAGAGUGAUAAGACUCUUGGCUCAGUCUCAAGGCUGAAAGCUAAGGCUGCGAAUGACUCUAACGCAUCUAUUGACAGUAAUCAGUCUUCCUCACGAAGUAGAAGACGGGCAAGAGGGCCGCUACCUCCGCCUGAUUUGGAUCUGGGUGCUGUGAAGAGGCUUUGUGCGACGACUGACGAGAAGCUCGAUGGUCUCACGGUUGAUGAGCUUAAGGACCAUAUACAAGAUUUGGAAAGCAAAACAGAAAAAACGCAGGAGUUACUUGAGUACUGGCUGAAGAGACGUGAUGGCGCAGUGAAGGAGAAAGAAGCAUUCGAGGGCGUUAUUGAAAACCUUGUUAGGCAUGCUAGGAGGGUGAGAAAGUGA